CAGAAAAAAAAGCGAGUGCUGCAGAAGUUUGAGCCAAAGUCCAGAUAAGAUCUAAAGCAGUUUGUUAAAUUCAGCACAGAGAUGGAGAUGCAGCUUCCACCUCAUGAGGGAGCCGAGCUCUCUGUGGUCGACAUGCACACAGGUGGAGAGCCUUUACGGAUCAUCCACAGCGGCUACCCUGAGGUCAAAGGUGACAGCGUGCUCUCCAAACGCUGCUAUGUCCGGGAACACCUGGAUCACCUCAGGAGGGUGCUGAUGUACGAGCCACGGGGACACUACGACAUGUAUGGAGCCCUGAUCGUGGACAGUGAGAUACCUGAGGCUGAUCUGGGGGUGCUGUUCAUGCACAACGAGGGGUACAGCACCAUGUGCGGACAUGCUGUCAUCGCACUGGGACGCUAUGCCGUGGACUACAAACUGGUGAAAGAACCAAAGUCACCAGAGACUGAAGUGAACAUCCACUGUCCCUGUGGGCUGGUGAAGGCGUUUGUGGAGUACUCGGGUGGUAAAACAGGAGGAGUGAGGUUUCUCAGCGUGCCAGCGUUCGCCUUCGCUACAGAUGUGACGGUGACAGUGGAGAGGUUUGGUGAUGUGACGGUUGACAUCAGCUAUGGUGGAGCCUUCUACGCCUUUGUAGAUGCCCAAAGGUUUGGCCUCGAUGUGACCAAGUCCAGGACUCGAGAUCUGGUGGAUGCAGCCACAGCAGUGACCAACGCUGUCAAAGCUCAGGUGAAGUUGCACCACCCAACCAGUGAUGACCUGGCCUUCCUCUACAGCACCAUCCUCACUGACGGCAAAGAUAAUUAUUCCUCUGAUCCCACUGCUAACAUCUGUGUGUUUGCUGAAGCUCAGGUGGACCGGAGCCCCACUGGUUCUGGUGUGACAGCCCGAGUGGCUCUUCAGUAUCACAAAGGUCUCAUCCAGCUGAACCAGACCAGGACAUUUCAGAGUGGAGCCACUGGAUCCCAGUUCACAGGGAAAGCUGUUGAGGAAACCAAGUGCGGAGACUUCAAGGCUGUAGUGGUGGAAGUUGCCGGCAGAGCUUUUUACACUGGAGUGUCACGCUUUGUGCAGGAGCCAGACGACAAGCUGACACAUGGUUUUCUGCUGAAGUGAGACUCGAUUACAGGUGUUAUUAAAUAUGGUUAUACGUAACAAAAUUCUUUUUUUUUUAAACAUUAGUCAUAAGGUGCUUUUUUAACGCACAGACUCAGUCAUCACUCUUGACCCACUAGAAGUGUGCAGCGGUGCGUGUUUCUUGUGAGACUUUGCCCUCUGCCUGUAUGUUCUUGUCUUUUUAUUUUCUCUGUGGAUGUUUUAAGGCGUGUGCCCCUAGAGUGCUCAGGGGUCGUUAGAGCUUUGUAAAAAGGUAACGACCAGGUGCCAGACCUUGAGCAGCAGGCAUCCCCAGGGACAAAGUGCUGAAAACCCCCACAAAUAUAGUGAGGCAAACCAAAUGAGAGUGAAGCUGGCGUUAUCCUGUUAGGGGCCACAGGGGGCUGGAGCCUAUCCCAGCUGACACUAGGCAAGAGGCGGGGUACACCCUGGACAGGUCACCAGACUAUCACAGGGCUGACACAUAGAGACAGACAACCAUUCACACUCACAUUCACAUCUAUGGGCAAUUUAGAGUCACCAAUUAACCUGCAUGUCUUUGGACUGUGGGAGGAAGCUGGAGUACCUGGAGAAAACCCAUGCUGACACGGGGAGAAUCUGCAAACUCCCCCACCCCGUGUUUGAACUAGGAAUUCUUUUGCUGUUAGGGAACAAUGCUAACCACUGCACCACCAUGCUGCACAUAAAAAAAUGAGACAGUCACAGUCAAGUAUUCUGUUCAAUAGCAGUUACAGACCACUAGAUGGAGCUCUCAGUCUGCUGUCUAUCAGAGUCUUUGAAGAUUAAGAUUCUUCAGUCCUUUUUUUCUACGUGCAUUCAUUCCUGUUCAUAGUCACGGUGCUAAUAAACAAUUU